CCGAGGGUUCAGCAACCGGCCGCCCCCCCCCCCCCCCGACAAAUCAACUGCGACCGCAACUGGCGCCCAAUGUGGGGCACCUGCAAUUGGACGUCCUCUCCACGCAGCGGUCCAGUGACGCCACCCGCUCGCCCGGACGCCUCUCCAGCUCCCCUUCUCCUCGCCUGCAAGUACCAGCGACUCGCCACCUCUGACGCCCCCUACUCCAAGAUGACAGCCAACCCUCCGCAACCUCACCGCCACCGGUCAACCCGCCGACCGCGAGGCCCUUCUCAAUCGCCUGAACCUUGUACCAACCUCAAGCUCCAGUUAAACCUCCCACCUUCGCCCAUCCCGCUGGCAGCGAGGCCCUUGUCGAGCGCCCGGGCGCCACACCAACGCUGAGCUCCAGCCUUGCUGAACCACCGUCAACCCCUUUUCCCCUCCCCGGCCUCCCCCUUCCC